AUGAUCUGGGAACAAGAUUCAAAGAUCAUCGUUAUGGUUUGUGUUAAUUAUUUUAUUACUCUGUUUACUAACCUUCCAUAUAAUUUCUUAAUCUGGCGGUGAUAAAUUGAAGAUCAACUGAUUUUAAAAAUACGGCAUAGUGUACAGUCACCAAAAGAAACCUUUGCAACCUAUAAGAGUUUUUUUUUUAUUUCUUUCUGAGAGAGCUCUACGUCCACUUGACGGUGGCCAGAAGAAAAUGAUCUUGAGCCACGUUAUUGUUUUACAGCCUAAUCAUGGUCACGUAUGACUGUCACGCAUUUUAUACAUCUUUAGAUUUAGCCUAUCUGUUUUGUCACGUAUCAGGCGUAAUUGCCAUGGCAAACAAAUGAAACCGAAGCUUGCGAAAUUUGCUAAUUGAGAUUGCUUGGUUAUACGCAUUUCAUCUUUAACGAACGAUCAAUUUUACGUUAUCCGCUUUCUGCUGGUGUCAUUUCCCGAUUAUAGAUCUUCCUAUUCUUGUCUUCUCUUAUUUUUCUCUUGUCCACCCAUUAACAUUGCCUGUCCAUCCCCUCCCAGGUGACGAAUUUGGAAGAGCGAGGUCGUAUAAAAUGCCACCAAUACUGGCCGUCGGAGGGUGGAAAGGCUUAUGGUGACAUUCAAGUAACGCUAAUGCAGAUAGUGGAGCUCAGCGAUUUCACAAUCCGUACUUUCACUCUAAAGAAAGCCAAUAGCAGAAGUGAAAGAACUCUACAUCAGUACCAUUACACAGUAUGGCCAGAUCAUGGUGUCCCUUCUUGUCCUACUUCACUUCUCACGUUUGUUAAGAAGGCGUCUGGUGCUAAUCCAGCAGACGCAGGGCCCAUGGUAAGUUUUCUUGAAGUCUGAGUGGUGUGUAGCUCAGAGUCAGAGAGGAUAAGGGCAGGAAAGGGCCAGUAGCUGUUCUGAAAAAUCAUGAAUUAUCUCAGCCAAUACCACUCUUUUGGACCCCAUGUUACGGCUACCUUGAUUUCAAUUAUGGCGCGUUGUGCACUCAAUCACAUGAGUGUACCUAGCGUUUUUCGGGAGGGAAGCAUUGAAGAAACAAACUAUCAAGCGUGGCAGGCGUGACUUUUAUGGGUGGAAUAGUGGCAUUCCCAAAUCCCCCCUCUGAUAAAUUUUUAUUCCUAGGUGCUUGGAAAUUGAAAUUCGCUCAACUUCUUCAAAAAAUUAAGAAAGGCAUGCAACAUCGUUUAAUAUUUAACCACUCUUUUUCAAGUUGUGAUAACUCCUAAUCGGUGUUCGUUCAAUAGGAGCGACUAGUUUUCAAAUAGUUUGCAAGACAUACCAGCUUAAGAAGGGGAGAUUAAGACAUAAUGUUGGAACGAGAAUGGUUACCCAUGGAAAAUAAUUACCAUGGAAUUCAAAUGAAAAACUGAACUAAAGAGUUAGUGUUAACUGCUCCCAGUUAACAGUCGUUCCUUAUUUCAGGUUGUUCACUGCAGUGCUGGGGUUGGCAGAACUGGUACUUUCAUCGUGGUGGAUGCCAUGUUACAAAGUAUUGCUGCAGAGAAAACAGUAGAUGUCUUUGGAUACGUUAUGACAUUACGACGUGACAGAAAUAUCAUGGUCCAGGUGGAGGAGCAAUAUGUUUUUAUUCACGAAGUUCUGUUGGAGGCCAUUCAUUCUGGAUACACUGAGAUACGAGCGAAUGAUCUUAGAUCCCACAUGAAGCUCCUAAUGCAAGUCAGUCCUUCAACUGGUACGUCUUUCCUUCAUCUUUUCUUUAAAUUUGUUUGGCUUUUGCAUUGUCAAAAAGGCUGAGAGUUCGUUACUGAGCAGUAUUUUUGCUAUCGUCAUGCUUGGAAACUAAAAGAUUCUUAAGCGUGGAGUUUCCAGUAAGAUGACGUAUGCUGCAUCGUAACUUUAACAAUAAGAACUAUAACUGGCCUCGGCUUGUCUGAUAGCUCCAUGGUCAACGACUCAUUUACUGGCACUAAACUCUCAGAUGAAAAAAGGAAGCAAUGAUGAAAAUUUCAACUAAACGUCGGUCCGGGGGAAUGCAGAGGACCCAGCUUGCAAUGUUCCCACAGUAACUGUUUCCAAGAGAAUGCCGUUUCCUUUUGAAAACGUUUACCUAAUCAAGCGCCGUAAGAAGUAGUUGGGCCUGAAGACGUUUGUAUUUGUAACCUGUACUAACAGAUCUUUGACAGUUAGUUGAGUCUUAGCUGCCAUACUUUCUUUCUUCUGGUUUCCUUCGCUUCAUUAGAAAACACUUAAGAAUAAUGAAAUGACCCUACUCCCAUGCUGACCUCAGAGUAUUCCCUACAUUUCAGGCCAAACUGAAAUGGAUGAAGAGUUCAUCCGUUUGGGUCGCGGUAAUACUCCGCAAACCAAGUUCCAGGCUGCCAACAUGGGCUACAACAAGACAAAGAAUCGUUAUGCAAACGUGUUAGCCUUUGAUGAUACUCGGGUCAAACUAAGUAUGAUCACUGGCAUAGAAGGUUCCGACUACAUCAAUGCUAACUUCAUUGAUGGCUACAUGACUCGAAGAGCAUUCAUUGCAACACAGGCUCCCAUACCAGACACUAUUCCGGACUUUUGGCGUAUGAUCUGGGAACAAGAGUCCUCCACCAUAGUAAUGCUCUCGAAAGAGACUGAAAGUGGCAAGGUAAUCGCGGAACAUAUUAACAAAUAAACUCUUAGACAUAUAAGAAUUUUAUUACAUAUUCAUAGGAAGGUUAAUACAAAAGAAAAACUGAAUAUAUCAAAGACAGUUUGUCUUUUGGCUGUUUAGUCAAUUUUUCUAAACUCAUUUACAAUUUCGUGUGGGACAGGCAGAAGUCAGAGUUGAUAAUCAGACCAACUUUUCUUCCUUAUUUUCUUUAUGCAUCUGUACUAAUCCAAAAUUCUUUCCAAUUUGUACUAAGCAACAUUCCAAGACAUAGAAAUGCACUUCGUAAAUCUUGUCGUUUUCGCCUCAGAAAAUACAGCAUCAUGGCUUUCAAUUGCUUUUUUCCAUAAGUGGCUCCUGGUAGUUUAACCCUUUAAUGCCCAAGAUCUCUCUAGUAAUUCUCCUUACUGUCUGCCGUACAAUUCUUAUGAUGCUAAUUCUGAGAAUACGGUACGGGAUCAACCAGAAAAUCCUCUAACUUACAUAUUUUUCGUAACUCUCAUCACCUGUCUGAUUGAUAUUGUAUUGGUAUUGUGAGGAGAAUUUUUUUCUUGGUAACUCAUGGGAGCUGUACCCGAACAAAGAGCGGUAAAGCAAAACUAAGACAGCAGUGAGAAUUCAUAUAGGGGUCGGUAAACUGCUGCUGACAGCUUUUAUUUAAACCCUCGAAGGAUACAGUUUCCUUUCCGUUUUCACUAAAACAAGGGCGUCACCACUUCGGAGGUCGAAGGCAUGAUUCAUCUAUGACCAGUUUUUUUCUAUGAAUUUGUGUUCGUUUUCGUAUCUUUUUUUUGGAGUAGAGUGCGAGAAACAACAGUCAGAGGUUUAAGGUUAGAUUAUUUCAACAUUUACAUGUGAAAUCCUUUAUCUUAUUACAGGUCAAGGUACAUCGUUACUGGCCUGCAAAACAGCCGGCGAAUAUCGGUACUCUGGUAGUGGAAAUGACUAAUGAGAUGGUUUAUGAGGAUUACACAAUGCGUGAAAUAAAACUCACCAAUACCAAGGUAUCGUUACUGCUGCCAAACGGAAUUAAAUACAUUUUAAGGGUUUUCGCAAUGGAAAAAUUUGAACGAUAAUAUCAAAGUGAACGUCGCUUUAGGAGAACUUGUAUGCUGCCUUAGAGGAGCAACGCUUGUUGAUGAAGAUCAAUUCCUUAGUUAAUGUGAGACUUUCUGCGAUGAGACGACGAAGCAGAAAAUAGCAAGGACAGAAAGCAGCGUAAAUUCGCUUUGUGGGACAUAAAGAGUUUUUGUGGAAACAUUUGUCUCUCUGCGAUCGCAUUUUUUCUCCAGAAACAAGUUGCACGAAAUUGAAGUUGUCUAAAUCGUGGUGAGCGUUUGUUGCUGGAAUUGAGGCAAAGCUUCUUUUGCGGAAAGCAAUACAUUCACGGUGGUUUGCAGAAAUAACCUGUCUUGGCACCCUAAACCAAAGCGUGUUUCGAACUUUCUGAGUAAGAUAGAAAAUUUCCAAAGACUAAUGAAAUUUACCCAAGGUUUAAAUUGAUUCAAUUUUCAAGUAAAAAGAUCCGAUGUACGGUUUGGAAUUGGUAGGAGAUUAUUACACAUAUAAAGUAGGUAUUUACCUGUUUAACGUGUAAAUUCUAUCUUGAAUACUUCAGGAGAGUGCUUCGCGAGUUGUCCGUCAGUAUCAUUACACUGGUUGGCCUGAUGUUGGGUCUCCAGAAUCUGGUACAGGAUUAAUCGAUCUCAUUGGUCAGGUACAAAGGUGGCAGCAGAAUUCAGGAAACACAACUAUCACUGUACACUGCAGGUAUUUAAAGACGUUAAUACUUCUACAAAUUGAACACAAUUUGAAGGAUAAGUAUUUGAUCUCCGUCAUUUAAAGUAUCCAUGCAAAAUACCGCCUUUCCACGUUCUGAGCUUGCAGAUGGUCAUGUAAUCGUUUCAGAAGUUUAUAGACUGGCCAUAUUUAAUCUAACAUCUCAAUGACUUGACCGCACACACAACCACAACAAGUAGUUCAAAACAUGUUUAUUUGGUCAAGAAUGCCUUACUGCGAAACAUCUUAGAAUUCAAGCAGAUUCAAAGAGGUAAGAGAAGUGAGGGUUUAUGAGGUUGCAACGACGUGGUGAGGUUUCCAAGCAAGAUUGACUAUUGUGGCCUUGUUUUUUUGUCGCUUUUUUUUUCUUUUCUUUUUUGUCGCCAAAAGUCGGGUUCCUUUCCGGAAUCUAAAAACGCAAUCAAUGACAAAAGCUCCUGUACGUCAUUAAAAACUCUCUGACUUAAGUUUGGUUACAUCGCUUUCUUUCAUCAGCGCUGGAGUGGGUCGCACCGGAGUGUUCUGCGCCCUCAGUAUUUUGAUCGAGCGGUUAAAGAGUGAAGGUGUGGUGGACGUCUUCCAGACUGUGAAGCAGCUGAGAGCUCAGAGGCCCGCUAUGGUUCAGACAAAGGUGAGUACGUCUAUCGUUGUAAAGAAGUUUACUUUUUAUGAAGCAAUCUCACUCCGGUAAGUUUAUCGAAAUUCACCAGCUGGGGGGUUGGACAUUGGCCCUUUUUGGCAGCUGUUUUCAAUAGAAAUUGAGGGCCGAUACCGUUGGUCGAAAACAACUGUCCAGAUACUUAAAUCAGAACUAAAUGGACUGGUUUGGAAAGUGUUCUAAAGUAAUUGAUACAAGUUAAAGCAGACUGAUCUGACUGUAGUGUUUUUUUGUCUUUUGUUUUUUCUUUGUAAUGGACUGAACCCUUCGUGAAUGUACUGAACUGGCCGACUUGCUCUGAACAACUGUAAGCACCCUGUGUCUUGUGUAGACCUUUUACUAGUCCUAUGAAAAAAUGCUUCUACUUCUUGAAAAUUUAAGGGGAACUGCGUGCUUAGUUUUAUAGAGUAGCUUGUGGUAAGGUGGUACACCUCAUUAGGUCUGCCUGUGGCAACCAUUUUGGCCAAGAGAUAACCGACUAUCGUUUGAGUUUAUAAGUAGAAGGAGUUUAAUUUUGUGGUUUUCGCUCACGUAGUAGGAAAAAAGAAAGAAUAUUUCCAAGACAUUCAUGAGAAUGUUUGGUAUACAACUACAGUUUCGAGUUAGUGGGAAUUAUAAUGGUAUGUUGUUGACAACUGUCAGGUUGAAAUAGUGAGCUAUCAAUGCCUUUCCUUGCACUUAAGGAUCGGGGGAACAGGUUAUCAAUAAAUUUCUUGAUCGAUUUUUUCACUUUCAGGAUCAAUACGAGUUCAUUUACUCUGCUCUCAGUGAGUAUUUGGACUCCUUUGAUGCCUACAGUAAUUUCGAGUAACUGACAUGGUUGAAGAUAAUCAACCUCAAGGAAAUAAUUACAACUGACCAUCAAGGUGGAAAGAGGAAAGGGCAAGAACAAUUUUCUAUUUUUUGUAUUAAGCAAAUAAGUAAUUUUCUUCAAAAAGAUUCCAGUUGGCCUUCACCGGUUGUAAACAUGAAUUAACUGACUGAAAACGAAUACUUAAAGUAACUGGUAGUUUUGUAAACGUCAUGUGCUCCUCUAAGAUAAAAGAAAAUGAAAGCUUUCCCCUUUCAGAAUAAAAACUUGUCGAGAUCGUUGUAGGAAUUAGAAACCAUUAAUAGCUUU